UCUCCUCAAUUCGAAACCCGAUUUACCCUCCCCUCUCUCUCUCUAAAGCCCAUAUCUCUAGCAGCCAAGCAAAAGAUCACAAUGGCAGCAAAAUCAAAUGAGCAUGCGGUCAGUGCCCAGGUGCAGGAAAGUUCCGGUAAACAUCCGGGGGGGUCCAAGUCCAAGGCAGUAACAAAGCAAGGAGGGCAGCAGUCUAUUGUGCAGCAGACUUCAACGGCAGAGUACGAGGACAAAGUGACUGGUAGCUCUGAACGCCAUACUGCAACGGUGUCCAGCAAACAGCGGAUUGUGGAGACAUCUACCGGCGGAGUUGUGAUUACAGACCAGCAGCGGGAGAGCUCCACUGUAAAGAAUUGUGACAAAAGUGGCUGUACUAUGUACCAGCACUCUGAGCAGAAGACUACGCAGGUGAAUUUUGAUAACAGUGGCAACACUAGCUGCAGGAAGAACAAGUAGUAGUAGUGCUACUCUUUGUUGGAGCAUUCCCAUUGUAAUAAGCAAAUUGGGGUAAAUAAGUAAAUUUAACAAUAAUGCUCCAAAAGCACCCUCAUAUUGUAAUAUGCAAAUUUUCAAGUCUUUUAGCAAAUAAAUAAAUUUCACCUAUUCCAUUC